AUGGAUCCAAGGGCACAAAUUCAGGGAUCAGUGGUGUUCAGUGAUGUGUCUAUAGACUUCUCACAGGAGGAGUGGGAGUGCCUGGACCCUUGUCAGAGGGACUUGUACAGAGAUGUGAUGUUGGAGAACUAUAGCAAUCUGCUGUCAAUGGCAGGACUUUACAUUCCUAAGCCUCAAGUUAUCUCCUUAUUGGAACAAGGAAAAGAGCCCUGGAUGGUUGGCAGAGAGCUGACAAGAGGCCUGUGUUCAGAUCUGGAAUCAAUGUGUGAAACCAAGUUACUGUCUCUGAAGAAGGAAGUUUAUGAAAUAGAAUCUUGCCAGAGGGAGAUAAUGGGGCUUACAAAGCAUGGCCUUGAGUACUCCAGUUUUAGAGACAUUGUGGAAUAUAGAAACCACUUUGAAAAACAACUGGGAUAUCAAAGUGGGCAUUUCAGCCAAGAAAUACUCACUCAUGAAUACAUGCCCACAUUUAUUCAACAGACAUUCUUUACUCUACAGCAAAUAAUUAACAAUGAAGAGAAACCCUAUGAAUGUAAGAAAUGUGGAAAGGUCUUUAGUCAGAAUUCACAGUUUAUUCAACAUCAGAGAAUUCAUAUUGGUGAAAAAUCUUAUGAAUGUAAGGAGUGUGGGAAAUUCUUUAGUUGUGGCUCCCAUGUUACUCGACAUCUGAAAAUUCAUACUGGUGAAAAACCAUUUGAAUGUAAGGAAUGUGGUAAGGCUUUCAGUUGUAGCUCAUACCUUUCUCAGCAUCAGAGAAUUCAUACUGGUAAGAAGCCCUAUGAAUGUAAGGAAUGUGGGAAGGCCUUUAGCUAUUGCUCAAAUCUUAUUGACCAUCAGAGAAUUCACACUGGUGAGAAACCCUAUGAAUGUAAAGUAUGUGGGAAAGCCUUUACUAAGAGCUCACAACUUUUUCAACAUGUGAGAAUUCAUACUGGUGAGAAACCCUAUGAAUGUAAAGAAUGUGGCAAAGCUUUUACUCAGAGCUCAAAGCUUGUUCAGCAUCAGAGAAUUCAUACUGGUGAAAAACCCUAUGAGUGCAAGGAAUGUGGCAAAGCCUUUAGUAGUGGCUCAGCGCUUACUAAUCAUCAGCGAAUUCACACUGGGGAGAAACCCUAUGAUUGUAAGGAAUGUGGGAAAGCUUUUACUCAGAGCUCACAACUUCGUCAACAUCAGAGAAUUCAUGCCGGUGAGAAACCCUUUGAAUGUCUUGAAUGUGGGAAGGCCUUUACUCAGAACUCACAACUUUUUCAACAUCAGAGAAUACAUACAGAUGAAAAACCGUAUGAAUGUAGUGAAUGUGGAAAGGCCUUUAAUAAAUGUUCAAACCUUACGCGACAUCUGAGAAUUCACACUGGUGAAAAGCCCUAUAACUGUAAGGAAUGUGGGAAGGCAUUUAGUAGUGGCUCAGAUCUCAUUCGUCAUCAGGGAAUUCAUACUGAUGAGAAGCCCCAGGCUUGUGAGGUAUGUGGCCAGGGCUUCACUUUGCGCUCUGUGCUGGCACGACACUGGCAGGACCAUGCAGGAGACAAGGCCUAUGUGUGUGACACAUGUGGCUGGGGUUUCAGCCAGAGAGCCAACCUCUACCUGCACCAGCGCGUCCAUACUGGGGAAAAACCAUUCCGGCGUGAGGCCUGUGGGAAGCAGUUCGGCCAGAGCAAGGAUCUGGGCAUCCACCAGAGGGUCCACACGGGAGAGCAGCCCUACAGGUGUGGGGCUUGUGAGAGGAACUUCAGGCACCGUUCAGCCCUCGGGAGACACCAGAGGGUGCACACAGGGGAGAAGCCCUGUCUCUGUGCCAUGUGUGGGAAGGGGGUUCAGUCAGAGUCCACCUGCAGAUGCACCAGAAGGGGGUCUCCAGCGCCGAGUGCAAAUCUCCUAGACGAUUCAGCCAACAGCGCGAAAGAUGAUUGCAAAGUCAGGGUGAAGCGCCCAAAGGAAGCGUUCUUGCCUGGACCUCCGCAAGAAACCUUUGUUACUCUUUGUAGGCGGGUCGGCCAUACCUGCAUUCUUCCUUUCUUCCUCGGUGUUGCUUUGAAACCGAGUCCGGUGUAUUUAAUCGUGUUUCCCAUUGGCCACUGUUUCCGGAAGCCCGCCCCCACGCGAAGGCACAGGCAAGCGGGAGGCCGGAAGAAGCUGUGCAAGCAGAUGGGGCUGAACAUGGUUCCAGAUCCUUACGUUGGGCUGGGAGGAGACCGCCGGACGAGGGACGUUCGGGUCCGCCCUGCGUGCCUGGGAAUUCGGCUGUCGCGACGGCGCGAGUCGGGACUCGGGCUGGAAACCCGAGCGGUUAAACCUCCAGCUCUUUCUGGUUUCCAGCCAGACUGGGUGGGCGCCCGCGCAGAGGCUGAUCCACAGGGUUUCCGACCUCCGACUGGCAGGGUCUUGGUAUUAAAGAUCUCCAGAUUAAUUUUAGAGUUAAACCGGAAAAUUGGAAUGCAUAAAUUUAGAGAAAAUAGCCUUGGCGUUCCCCGUGCGGAUUGGCGCACCAAGGCCGGUGUCGCUCCUAUCCCGGAGUCCCAACAGAGCGUUCACUCCACUGCUUCGUUCCGCAAGAUCUUUGCCCUGAGCUGCGCCCACUCGCCCCAUUCCGGACCCUGGUUUCUGCUCCUGGAAGGGCACACAGUGCGGAGCCUUGGCGUGGGUUACCCCAACUCACCCGUGCCGCUGAAGGUCAGCGCGCACAGUCUGUCCACCCGCCUCCGUAACACCGGCGGGGCGCCAGGACCACAUUUUCUAGAAUCUUCGGGCAUUUCUGCGACUCUCUCGUGGUCCGCGAGAUCUCAUUGGCCCUCGGAGAAGAAACAUGUGCACCUUGCGCCGGAGCACUUCCGGUUGGUGGGUCCCGCCCACACGGUGGUAGGCGGCGGGGUAGGCCUCCCUAUUCGGUCGUUCCCACACUUCUACGCUUGGUUCCCGAGCCUCAGCCUCAGGAUCAGCAACGUGCACCCCGCGUCACGUCUAUCUUCUGAGACCUUGCCCUUCUCCGGGGACAGCAUUCAGGAGACCAGGAAAAUGGCCACGGGGCUCCUGAAAGCCAAAAAAGAGGCAUUCGUGGCAUUCAGGGAUGUGGCUGUGGACUUCACCCAGGAGGAGUGGAGGUUGCUGAGCCCAGCCCAGAGGACCCUGCACAGGGAAGUGAUGCUGGAGACCUACAAUCACCUGGUCUCACUAGAAAUUCCAUUUUCCAAACCAAAACUCAUUUCUCAGCUGGAGCAAGGGGAAGAGCCCUGGAUAGAGGAGAGACAGCAUCCACUGGGCCUCUGUCCAGGAUCAAAGCUAAACAUUCAACCUUGUCCCCACUACCCACUGGCAUUCGCUAGUCAGCAAGGCCUCAGCCAGCAUGUGUGGUUCAGUCACCUUCCUCAGCUCUUCUCAAGUUUAUGUGCAGGAAACCAUCUCCCCCCGGGGAAGCACUAUCCAGAAGAUCAAAACCAGCAGCAGAAGCAACUCUUUGGUCAAACUUGCUGGAGUGACAAAGCAGAAAUUCAAGAGACAGAAGAAGACUCGAAGCCCUUGUUGGAGAGAGUAAGCAAAAGAGGCACUUCAGAGGCGUUGUCCAGCCCACGGCAAGAACAGCCAGUAAGGUCCAAGCAAGACGACACAGCGAUGGAUACAGGGCCCAGCCAAGACCAGAGGACAGUCCUUGGGGGAACAGACAAAGUGUUGCAUGGUGUAGAAGUCUCAGGAUUUGGAGCAAUCAAAUAUGGGGAGUUUGGCCUGGGCUUUAUGAGGGAGUCAAACCUGCUCAGCCUCCAGAAGAUGCACACAGGGGAGACACCUUACGUGUACUCCGAGUGGGGACAGAGCUUUAGCAAUAUGUCAACCCUCAUCAAAAACCAGAGGACACCCUCUGGGGACAAGCCUUAUGUGUGCAAGGAGUGUGGACGAGGCUUUACCUGGAAGUCAAACCUCAUCACACACCAGAGGACACACUCAGGGGAGAAACCUUAUGUGUGCAAGGAGUGUGGACGAGGCUUUACUUGGAAGUCAAACCUCUUCACACACCAGAGGACACAUUCAGGGGUCAAGCCGUAUGUGUGCAAGGAAUGUGGGCAGAGCUUUAGCCUGAAGUCAAACCUUAUCACACACCAGAGGGCACACUCGGGGGAGAAGCCUUAUGUUUGCAGGGAGUGUGGGCAUGGCUUUCGCCAGCAUUCACAUCUCAUCAGACAUAAGAGGACACAUUCGGGAGAGAAGCCGUAUGUGUGCAGGGAGUGUGAGCAAAGCUUUAGCCAGAAGUCACACCUCAUUAGGCACUUAAGGACACACACAGGAGAGAAGCCUUAUGUAUGCACAGAAUGUGGGCGCCAUUUUAGCUGGAAAUCAAACCUCAAGACACACCAGAGGACACACUCAGGGGUUAAACCUUAUGUGUGCCUGGAGUGUGGGCAGUGCUUUAGCCUGAAGUCAAACCUCAGCAAACACCAGAGGUCACACACAGGGGAGAAGCCAUUUGUGUGCAGGGAAUGUGGGCGGGGCUUUACCAGGAAAUCAACCCUUAUCACACACCAGAGGACACACUCAGGGGAAAAGCCAUUUGUAUGCAGGGAGUGUGGGCGAGGCUUUAAUGAUAAGUCAACCCUCAUUUCACACCAGAGAACACAUUCAGGGGAAAAGCCUUUCAUAUGCAGGGAGUGUGGUAAAAAGUUUAGCCAGAAGCCAAACCUCUUUAGGCACAGGAGGGCACACUCAGGUAGCAUACCCUUUGUGUGCAGGGAGUGUGGGCAAGGCUUUUGUGAUAAGUUAACUCUCAUCACACACCAGAAGGCACACUCAGGGGGGAAGCCUCACGUGUGCAGGGAGUGUGGGCAAGGCUUUAGCCGGCAGUCACACCUUAUUAGACAUCAGAGGAUACAUUCAGGAGAGAAGCCUUAUAUUUGUAGGAAGUGUGGGCGAGGCUUUAGUCGGAAAUCAAACCUCAUCAGACAUCAGAGGACACACUCAGGAUAGAAACCUUGUAUGUACGAGUGUAGUGAAAUCUUUAACCAAGACUCAUACCUCAUGAAAUGCCAGAAGUCACACCUAGGGCUGUGGCUUUAGCAGUAAGUCAACCAUUGCCAGACACCAAAGUGGAGACAUCUUAUGUGUGACAGGAGUGUUCACGAGCCUCAUGGUAAGAGUCAACAUCUCCAGGCCACAUGAAGGAGAACUGCUGGCUCAUUUUCAGGAGCUCUGGCAUUCCCUGGUGGGGGGGGUGGGUUGUGGAAGAUCUGUCAGGUAACGUGAU